UGUAUUUUAAUUAAAUGUAUUUAGAGCUAUCUGUAAAAAAUUAUUAAAAGAUAAAAUUGGACAAAAUUUUCUUGCGAGAAGAUGUGCACUAAGGUGUAAGUUCUAUCGUAACGCCGCCAUACGAGCAUUAUGAACCAGUGACUGCCAGCAGUGACUACCUGAUAUAACCUACAGAAAACAGUUGUAGGUGUUCUUUAUUUUAUUUCUUAUAUUGUUGAAAAAGCAUAUACAAUAUAUAUCUUGUAUUCUGUUAUUAAAUCAAUGAACUGAUAUAUUUGACAUAUUAAGUAAUACAAGUAGAAUCGUAGUAAUUAAUAAAGUAGUCAUGAAUGAUUUUGCAAAGUCUCAGCUUUUAAAAUAUGGCUGGUCAGAAGGUAAAGGUUUGGGUAAACAUGAAAAUGGUAUCACAGAAGCAUUAAAACCAAAAUUAAAAUUUGAUACAACAGGAGUAGGACAUCAAGUUAACAAUUGGAAUAAUUGGUGGGAAACUGCUUUUAAUAAAGCCGCUAAUAACAUUAAAGUUGAUUCACAAGUUCAUGAUAUUUCCAUAUCUGUUUCAAAAGAAAAUACAACCAAUAAUUUAUCAAAAGAUUUAAAUAAAAAACAGUUUCAAUCCCCUAUAAAUUAUGGAAACUUUCUUAAGACUUCUACACUUCUUAAUGGUAAUCUGAUAACAGAAAAUAACUCUAAUGCAUCCAAAGUAGAAGAUGUUACUCAUGUUUCAUUAACUGAUGAAGAAUUAUUUAAAAUAUGUGGUGGCAGAACUGCUCACAAAGGAGCUAGACAUGGUUUAACAUUAAAUGGUAAGCUAAAUCGGAUUGCACAGCAAGAGAAAGAUUUAUUAAACAUAAAUGCAUAUAGAAACAUGGUAGAAAAGUUGGAGAACAAUAAUAAUAAAUCUCAAAGUAAUGAGUAUGAAAUAGAUAACAACAAUGAAAUUACAUUAUUGCCUCCGCAUCUUGUUACUGAAGAAUUAAUAGUUCCUAAUAUGUCUAAAACUGCAAGAAGAAAUAAUAGAAGACGUAUAAACAACUUAACUCAUCGGUUAAAUGUUUUAUGUAAUGUAAGUGAUAACAAUGAUGAAAAAGGUAAAGAAGUAAAGACAGAAGAAAAAGAAAAGAGUAAAAAAUGUAAAAGAAAGAAAAAGAGAAGUUCUGUAUCUGAUGAUAUUGAAAGUACAGAAAUAGAUGGGACAGAUAAUGUAACUGAUGAUUUAUCUCUUGCUGUGAGUAAAAAGUUAGGAAAAAAGAUGAAAAGAAAAAUUCAAGAACAAACAAAUGAUUAUCAUAGAAAUAAUUUUAAUGAUGAGCUUAAGCAUAAAAAAAAGAAAAAAAGAUCAAAAAAGAAGAAUCAAGAUUAUCAAUUUAAAUGUAUUAGCGAUACAUGCGAGGAUGAAGAAAUGGAUGGUUUUAAGGCAAAAAAAUUGAAGAAAUCAGAAAAAAGUUAUUCUACUUCACAGUUAUUCUACUUCACUGAUGAAGACAUUAGUACACUAGAAUGUAAAUUUCAUACAAAACUUUCUCGCGAUGAAACGUCUGCACAGUCAGAUCAAACACGGGAUUCAGGUAUGUGUGUAAGUGAACGUAUCUCGAACUUAUCGCAUGUAUAUUUAAAACACAAAGCCAAUCAAUUAAAUGCCCGAAUAAAAAAAAGAAAAAAAUUAAAAUUACUUAAAAAACAAAAAAAGAAAUUAAAUAAAAUAACAGAAAGUUUAAAAGCUGUUCAUUUUGAUACUAAAGAAUCUACAGAAGGAGAAAGUAGUAAUAGCAAAGUAGAAGCAAUAGUAGAAAACAUAAUGGCACCUAAUAUUGCAGUUGAUAAAACUGAGCUUUUAAAGAAAAAGAAGAAAAAGCACAAUAAAUGAGAAGUGGGGAAAAAUAGAAUUUUGUUAUAAAAUAUUUGCAAGGUCCCGUGUAAUUAAAGAAUUAUUUGUAUAAAAAUAUGUAAUAAUAUUUACAGUAAUUGUAUAUAAAUUUGUAUACAUACAGUGCGCAUUUUGUUAUGCAUGUAAAACACCUUUUAUGUAUUUAUUUUUUAAAUAUAUAAUUAAUAUUUUUGUA